AUGGCGCCAGAUCUCGCUUUCUUAUUACCAAUAACCCUCGUCAUUAUCAUAGUCGUCAUUCUCUUCAUAUAUCUUUUCACCCGCAACUCUCGUCCCAAAGGACUGUGCUCGUUCAACGGUAUUAGCGUAUGGGAGGAUAUCAAAUAUUUUUUCACCGCUCCAACUCAGACGGCCCAAGUUGUCGAGAUUAGAGAUGAAGAAUCAGGAACUGUUAGAACCGCUAGAACUGGGAAGAGUAGCAAGAAAUCCAAAGUCGCUGCUGUUGAAUCCGAUGCUGGUUAA